AUGGCCUCACAGCGCGUCGCUCUUCGCCUGCCGGUCGCGUACCGCGCCUUCUUCCUGCUCAUCGAGCCACUGUCCGCCCUCGCGGGGGCCUUCUACAACCACUUCCGCCAGCAGCGGUAUCUCGAGCUGCUCGACGCCGCCUCGGCUCCGUCGCAGGUGCCCCUGAGCACGUCGGUGGCCAUGUCCCAGCUCGCCAACAUGUACCUGUUCUUCGCCAUCAAUGAGGCGCUCGUGCUUCGAUCGACGUGGGACUUGCGCGUGUGGCGAACGGUGCUGCUGGUUCUGCUCAUCGCCGACCUUGGCCACCUCUACUCCAUGAAGGAGCUCGGCCCCGCGAUAUACUACAACGUCGCGGGCUGGAACGCGGGAGAUUGGGGAAACGUGCCGUGGGUGUACGCCGGCGCAACGCUGAGGAUCUGCUUCCUCGCGGGCGUCGGGCUCGACGACUCGAGGCGGACGCGGAAGACGCAGUAG